CCAAACCAGCACCUAAAGAGAAGUUAAUAUUUUGAUAAAAUGUUGGGGAUUACUGAGAGUUUUAUAGUUCUAGUAGUAUGUCUCCUGACUUUGCAAUUCCUAAAGCUUCAAUGGAUGCGUACACAGCUUCCUCCAGGACCUGCUCCCCUCCCCAUCAUUGGAAAUUUGUGGCUGCUGGACUUCAAACUUCGUCGAGAAACCCUCAGUAAGUUAACCAACAUCUACGGAAACAUCUACACGCUGUGGAUGGGACAGACACCCCUCGUUGUACUGAAUGGAUACAAAGCAGUCAAAGAUGGCAUUGUCACRCACUCAGAAGAAGUUUCUGGAAGACCUCUCACCCCUUUCUACAGGGACAUGAUGGGUGAGAAAGGUAUUUUCCUGACAAAUGGCCACACCUGGAAGCAGCAGAGACGCUUUGGCAUGACAAUUAUAAGAAGUCUGGCACUUGGUAAGAACAACUUGGAGCAUCAAAUUCAAACAGAGGCCUGUCACCUACUGGACAUCUUUGCAAACACAAAAGGCAAACCUUUUGACCCCCACACUUCCAUCGUCUGUGCUAUUGCAAAUAUCAUUUGUGCUGUUGUUUUUGGCCAUCGCUUCUCCAGUGAGGAUGAAUCUUUCAGUAAACUUAUCAAAGCUAUUUAUUUUGUGAUCUACUUUCAAGGUACUAUCUGGGGCAGGCUGUACGAUGCUUUCCCGUGGCUCAUGCACCAUCUCCCAGGGCCUCAUCAGGAAGUGUUUGCACACAAUGACUUCAUGCACAGUUUAGUCAGGGAGGAGGUCCAGGCUCAUGAGAGACAGAACACAGGUCAUGCACAGGAUCUCAUUGACUUCUACCUGGCUCAAAUAACAAAAACCAAAGAUGACCCUACUUCUACCUUCAAUAAGGAAAAUAUGGUUCAGACUGUGGUCGAUCUUUUGCUGGGAGGGACAGAAACAACAAGYACCACCCUUCUCUGGGCACUGCUCUACAUGGUACAAUACCCAGAAAUACAAGAAAAGGUUCAAAGAGAGAUAGAUGCUGUUCUGGAACCCUCUGAUCUCAUCAGCUAYGAAGACCGUAAGAAGCUGCCCUACACAAAUGCUGUGAUUCAUGAGGCUCUGCGCUACAGCAAUGUCACUUCUGUUGGGGUCCCUCGACAGUGCCUGAGGAGUACAACCCUGCUGGGUUUUCACAUUAAAAAGGGCACACUUGUGUUGCCAAAUCUUCACUCUGUGGUGUAUGACACUGAGCACUGGGCAACCCCUUGGAAAUUCAACCCAGACCAUUUCCUUGAUUUGGAUGGCAACUUUGUGAACAAAGAAGCAUUCUUACCUUUCUCAGCAGGGCACCGUGUAUGUUUGGGGGAACAGAUGGCACGAGUUGAAYUGUUCAUCUUCUUUACCAACCUCCUUCGGGCAUUUACAUUCCAGCUCCCUGAGGGAGUGAAGGAAAUCAAUCUGGAGUACAUUUUGGGAGCAAUACUGCAGCCACAUCCAUAUAAACUCUGCGCUAUUCCACGUUAGUCUGCAACACACUACAGUGCAGAAAGAUUUCAAAUAGCUAAUAACUGCAGAUCCUUUAAAAACACAUUUCACUAUCUCAAUUGUAUUGAAAUGUAGGUAGCUCAAGACAGCAAAUCCGUAGAGUUUUUAUUUAGGAGGUCUGACCUCAUCUACUGAACUUUCUGAAAUGAAAAUAGGUGUACCUGCCAAAACUCACAUAAAUGAGCCUUAGGUAUAUGCAAACACACAAUACUACAUUUCAAAAAAAUGUAUUUUCACACUCACAGUAGCAAUGAAUUAGMUGUAAGAUUUUAGAGAAGUGACUUGUAUCAAGCAGCUUCCUACAGCUGUGCUCUGUCAGGUGUCACACUUAAAAUGGCACAACUGUUCAGUAAGGAUGCUUGAGCAAGAAUCAAAUUCUCUUCAGUAAGUCUUUACUACUUUGAGUUCACAGGUCUUUUCUUAAAUCUUUCUGCAGAAGGUAACAGAGUACACAUCUUAGUGUUGACUCCUUUUCCUUUMACUGUCUCACAAAGCAUUAUAUAGCAUAGCAUAAACUUCACACACAUAAAAAUGAUUGUAGGAUGGGGCCUCUCAUAACCACGGUCCAUUUAGAAAUCCUUACACCUUCUUUUACUUCCUCAGUAUCCAAAUCCUAUUUCAUCACAACUCGGGUCCAUGCACUUGCACAAACCUUUCCUUCUAUUUAGAAAMAUCAUUGUAUGAUCCAAUAAUUCCCUGCUUGAAGAGAAAGGAACAGCUUUUCAAUAAAUUAGGAAAACAAAUGAAGAUGUCAACAGUUGUUUUAGCAGGCACAGUAGAGAUUUAUUACUCACAGUUGUUUUCCUUGUUCUUUUUCCACAUCAACAGACGUGGAAGGUUUUGACCAUUUAAAAUUCAGCUGAAAGCAUCCUAAAUCCUUUCAAUUUUCAAAGUUCAAGAGGAG